GUAGCCUCAAGUUCAAUCGUGUUCCUUCUCCAAUCCGAAUGGUAUAAAGCAGUGACGAAGCCGCGCGCGAAGGCAGUAAAAACUACCAGAAUUUCGAUUCCAAUGGCUUCCUUAGCCGCAGCACUCUCUUCACUCUCCAUUCUCUCCAAACCUUCCUUUAUCCUCAACCCCAUUCGCGCCAUUCCUCGCAUUUCCUGCUCUCUCUCCUCCAAUUCCGCUCCCAAUGCCUCCUCUUCAUCUCCGUUGGAGUUCAAUAUCACAUUCGCGCCCCCAAAGCCGAAACCCAAAUCCGAAAUCCAACACCCAUUUCAGUUCAUUGAUCCAAACACCGGCGGUCAGCUCUUAAUUCCCUGGAUUGUUCGCGGCGAGGAUGGCAACCUCCAGCUCCAAUCGCACCCUCCUACGCGGUUCCUCCAAUCCAUGUCGGAGGCUGAAACCAAGCCCAGGAGGAAGAAGGGUUCUGCCGAUAAGCGCGUGCCUGAACCACCCCCCAAGCAUUCCAAGGCUGCCCGGAGAUUUUACAACGAGAAUAUUAGGGACUCGUCGCAACGUCUCAGUAAAGUCCUUGCUGCUGCUGGAGUGGCAUCAAGACGGAGCAGUGAAGAGCUUAUUUUUGAAGGCCGUGUGACUGUUAAUGGUUCUGUUUGCAAUACUCCUCAGACUCGGGUGGAUCCUGCAAGAGACGUUAUUUAUGUGAAUGGAAAUAGGCUCCCCAAGAAGCUGCCACCAAAAGUUUAUCUAGCCUUGAACAAGCCAAAAGGGUAUAUCUGUUCAUCUGGGAAAAAGGAAUCGAAGUCUGUGAUAAGUUUAUUUGAUGAUUAUUUGAAGAGUUGGGAUAAAACAUAUCCAGGACAACCCAAACCACGUCUGUUUACUGUUGGCCGACUUGAUGUUGCUACAACUGGGUUGAUUAUAGUGACCAAUGAUGGAGAUUUUGCUCAAAGUAUCUCGCAUCCUUCAUCUGGCUUAUCGAAGGAAUACAUUGCAGCAAUAGAUGGUGCUGUUAGUAAGCAGAACCUGAUAGCAAUCAGUGAGGGAACAAUAAUUGAUGGCGUCCAUUGCACCCCAGAUUCUGUGGAGCUGCUACCGCGACAGCCAGAUGUAUCAAGAUCUCGUCUGCGUAUUGUGGUACAUGAAGGAAGGAACCAUGAAGUUCGAGAACUUGUAAAAGCUGCUGGUCUAGAGAUUUAUUCAUUAAAGCGUGUAAGGAUUGGUGGCUUCAGACUUCCAUCUGAUUUGGGGCUUGGAAGUUAUACUGAACUAAAGCAAAGUGACCUGAAGGCAAUUGGAUGGAAAAGUUGAGUUUCUGAUAACUACAGAGUUGUCCAUAGUUGUUAAAGCUUGACUAUGCCAGGAGUGAUUUCAGACAUACCACCUGCAUGGAAGCCAUAGUUCUACUCUUGCUGCUGGGACAGUAUAUGAACAUUUGAAGAUGCUGGAUACUGUUUACUCCAGCUCACGCUUCACAUCAUCGCCACUGAUUAUUUACAACAAUGCCUGGGCAGAAUAUGUCAGUCAACACUGAAGGUGCAGGUUAUCAAAUUUCAACCUUCAAAGUUUUCUACCUAACGUGAAUGAAGCGCAACCCCCUUCUAUCAAGGAUUAUUUUCAUCAUAUUGUGUAUUAGACUGAAUAGUACAGUUAGGAAAAUACAGGUAGUUGCAGUUAUGCUUUGUAACAGAAUCUUGCGUUUCUCCCUCCUCGUUGAAUGAGAGUGUGGGAGAGUAUACUAAUGCGGUGCUUUAAUCCUGUAGUCACUACUCAUAUAUGUCUUCACAUUUAAUUAUUUUCUUUCCUCAA